GCCAAUGCGCUUUUACAACAUGGACUGUCAGCUUACCGCAUCCUACAUGUCAAACGAUUGGUGUGCAAAGUAUGCCAAAAUUCUCGCAAAGGAAAGUUACAAAUAAUAACAAUAAAUGGUUUUUAAUCGUUUAAUUGCAACUAAUUCGAGAAGGUUGUAAUCCGGCCGUGAACUUGUCUGGUGCAUAAACGAAUUCGUCGAUCAAAGAAAGUCAAUAUGAAUUCCCUUGUGACGCUGUAAAAAGCUGUGACAAAAAGAGCUUGGAAGAUAGAACCGCUUGAGCCAAAGAAAAUGUAAAAUUUAUCGGUUUCCUUGAAGCAUAAAGCUCCGAUAUAGUUACGAACUAUCUACUUGAGUAAAUUUCUAUCGCCAAACAGCUGAAUAAAGAUUCCUGUUUGUGGCAAUUUCUGCUACACGGUAUUUUAUGCCGUACGUGGAAUAACAUUUAUAUAUCUGCGAUCCGCUUGCCAUUUGUUUGUAAACAUUUGUGUUUUACACGUAUGUCUUCAGAAAGCUUGAAAUUAUAGCAAGACAAAGUGUGAAUGGAACGAUUCCUGUCGAACAAGAUUGUAAAAGCAAUUUUAGCGAUUAUUCAGUGGCAAACGCUGCUCUAAGGACUGUUAUGAAAAGUCUCAACAGUAUGGUAACGCACACCAUGAGUAAUUCACUUGCAACGCUAUGUAACAUAGGCAACUCGUGUUAUAUGAAUUCGGUGUUGUACACAUUACGAUUUGCACCAAACUUUACCCAUAAUUUGCAUCAUCUUGUAGAAUUUUUGGAGCUAGUGCUUCACAAAUCGAUUGCAGAUCGAAAGUACGUGGUACAUGAUGAGAGCGCUCAAAAUGAGCUAAAUGUGAUGAAUUCGAAAGCGAAAGCUUCCUUCCUUCAUAAUGCAGCUGCGGGAGGUACGGAAGGUGCCGGUGGACAUAGUUGGAAUAGUAAGGAGUUAAUCCAACAGGACAGAAAUGUUAAUGGAUAUGAAAAAUCAGCAAGCAACAGAUCAACUAUUCCAACCGAUGGUUCUGGCACGCUCAGUGAAAUAAGCUUUGGUGAUAAUGAUAAAUGUAGUGUUCUAAAUAGUCCUACGCAUAGUUGUAAUUCCUGUAGUGCAGCGAAGCCUACCUGUGCUGGUGAUAAUUGUAGUAGGUCAAGAAAUUCUGAUAUUAGUUAUAUUAAUGGAAGCGGAACCAAGAACAACAGACAGCUGGUGUGCGAAACGCUGCAUGAACUGUUCCAUAGUCUUGCCCGUAACGAGGCGUCCGAUGUGAUUGAACCAUUUCAUGCCGGUGGUUUGCUGCAGGCUGUACAAAACGUUAGCAGUACAUUCGAAGGGAAUCAACAACAGGACGCGCACGAGUUUCUCAUGUGCAUAUUGGACAGUGUAAGAGAGUCCUGUCAGAUACUAAACAAAAAGCUUAUAGAAAAUCCGGAUAUUCUGAAGAUAAGCCCAUUUCCAUCGCUUGAGAAAGCCGCUUCGACAGAUGUAACGAUAAAUAAUAGCAAUACUACCGCUACCAGCUCAGAGUCGAAAAUUAGUAACACUCAGUUCAUUGCGCGUAAUAUAUUUCGUCGGCGCAAGGAAUCAUUGAAAAACACCAAGUCAUCAUGCAUUAAAGAGGGAAAGUUUGAUCCAGCGGCUGGCACCGUCGUGAGCGUUCAAACUGCUGCUGGAGGCAGCUGUGUACAUACGUGUGCGGGGAAGCAAAAGAUUAAUCUGCCUGCUGUAGCUGCUGGUGUCCAGGAAUCGAGCGUUGCUCAAGACCGAUUGAAGCAGCGCAUUCGGACACUGGGAUUAAACUUUUUUUGCGAAGAUUUUGAAGGCGUUACAGUGUCCCGGACGCGUUGCCUAUCGUGUGAAACAGUAACGGAACAGAAGGAAACUAUGAUAGACAUUGCCAUUCCGAUCACAUCCAAUGAAGUGAGCGAUGCCGUUAAGAAUCCUCAACAAUUUUAUCAGGACGCUUGCAUAACCCAGGAAUAUUUUAGAGGUGAUAACAAGUACAGAUGCGAAGUGUGUUCCGGCUACACCGAAGCGUGUCGUACAAUUUCAUUUGACAUAUUGCCCCGGUUGUUGGUGCUGCAGCUGAAAAGAUUUAAUGGCGAUAUGGAAAAAAUCAACAGCUAUAUUCCAACGCCCUUCAUACUGCAAUGCUUUUGUGCGGAAUGUAUAGGAAAAUCGGACAACGAGAAGCGUCACAUUUAUAGGUUAUACAGCGUUAUCACGCAUGUCGGUGCACGUAUGUCGGUAGGACAUUACAUCGCAUAUACCAGCUCACUGCAAAUUCCGUUGCACUAUGUAAAUUGUGUUAAAGAUCGUCAGAGAAGAGCUUUACUAGCCGCAGCAUCGUUCGAAGCGCAGACGGCACAGAAUGCUUUGGAUGGCAUCAAUAACGCGGGAAUCUCGGGCAAAGGUCAAAGUGGCGCAGAGAAAAGCGCUUCCGGUCAAUUAAAGAAGCUGUUCGGCAGCAAGAAAACACCAAGCGCAGGCGAUAUUAGCAAAAAGUUGAAAAAUAAUGUAAUUAACCGUUUCUCUCCAAUUAAUGGGAUGGAAAGUUUGCAGCUGAACACAAACACAGAUACCUGUCUCGAAAAGUCUGCCAGAACUGGGUACAUUGACAAUUUCUACAACAUUCAUAACAUCGAUGCAAAUAUUAAUCAUGCUCAAAGUUCUGGAGAUUUGCUAAUAAGUGGAAGUGAAACGUCCGGUUUGUCUUGUCAGAGCGUUGGUUGCUGUGCUGUACAUACGAAAGCAAUGCAUGCGAACGAUAUACUUCAUGCGGCGUCCAACAAUGGCAGAUAUUUCAUGGACGAUGGUUUGAGUAGUGAAAACGCACGAAACAAUAGCAUCCACAACUCGGCGCCUAUUUCAACUGGGACAAUGUGCAACAACAAUUGUACCCACAACUCUCAUAAGUUAGACGCUUCCAACGGUGAGGACCGUUCAACUAUAGUGGAAUGUCAUUCAUCAUUAUUUGCAAACCCGGUACAUAGUGAGGAAGGUAAAGAUUUAAACUAUGGCAACGUCAUGCACGAUUCAAUUGCAAAUCAACAGCUAACGUGGUAUAUGUGUGACGAUGAUAAAAUAAAAAUUAUGACUCAACUUGAGUUUGAGGAGGUGCUUUCACCAAAUCGUCGUCACGUGACAACGCCAUAUUUGUUAUUUUAUGCCCGUUACGAUGUAGCGCAAAAUCAACAUAAUCAAUCAAAGGAGCAGACAAUAUCUCCUACCCAGCAUCAGCAGCAGCAAUAUGAGCAUAAAAUUCAUACAGCACUUACGAAACACGUACCGCCAACAACAAAGUCUGCCACAAUCUCCGUUUAAGUUAGUAGCUGAAGGUAUACACACCUUUACAUAUUUCUUGUACAGUUUAAUGACGUAGUCUAUUCCUUUCAAAGCAAAAAUUAAUAAUUACGUUACUGAUAAUAAUUGUGAAAAUUGCAAACUGAUUCUAAAUCAUCCCUACGGCUUAUUGACAAACAAUGUUAGAUAUUAGCUUCAAAAGAGAUGGAAAACAUGAUAUCUGAUAUAUGAAAUGAAUUAAAAGAAGAAAACAAAACAAACAACUGAGCAAUGUUCUAUAUAUUUAAAGACUAAUAAAAUCAUGUUUGAUUGUUGUA